AUGAUGCAAGCUGACGAGGAGUCUGCCUCAAGCCCGGAGAGACGAGAAAUAGACCAACAAUUAGAUGCACUUCUCCCGUUGAGCCAAAUUACCGAUGCGGAAUCAGAACAGCCAAGAAUACUUUAUGAAUUACUAGACGAGGUACCGCAUGGCAGGAAACUGAUGAAUCAUUUGCUCUCCUCAGCGAGUGACCUGCAAUUGAAUGAGCAAGAUCUCUGUCAUGGCCAUCUGCACAAAGCCGCGUCAGCUACAGCUGAUAGAUGGUAUGAAGAGGAGAGGAGGGCCAGCACCCAGGCCCUGCCAGCGGCGCUGCAACUUGAUGCUCCUGUCAUAUUUUCGUGGAGUAAGAAAGCUGCCGCGGCAAAGACGAGUCCUCAGAAGAGUAAACCGCAUGCUGCGGCCCGAGAAACCACCAAUCAAACGCUAUUCAAGUCUAUAUCUGCCAGGCUAACCGAGAUUGCGAGGCAGAGAGAGACACUGCAGCAUGGACCCAUGGAUGAAAACGGCUCCAGAAGAUCCGAGAGCAGCGCAAGCAAGCACCAAUGGGCCAGUUCAGAAUUCCAUGUGGAUCCGCUGCAGGAAUUCGUAGCCAGGGCAUUACCUAGAGCUUCCAAGAAGGAGCACAGCGAGAAGAAAAAGGUUAAAAGACGUAGUCUGCUGAAUUUCUGGGGCGGAGGUACCCACAAGAGGAAGGAGGAUCGCAAGGCCACCCAGGAAGCCGAGCCCAACCAAGGUCGCUACUCGACCGAGCAAUCACAUCACAUCGAAGCCAGCAGCAUAGCUGAAGAGGCAGAGCCCGGCCGGCCGGCGCUGGAAAACCACACACAGCUGCCCGACACUGCCUUGAACUUGAAUUCGUUCAUUCCCUUACAACCUAAAAAGAAGUGA